UCCUUUCUGUUCCGCGCUUCCUGGCUAAGCAUGGCCUCUUUCUUGGAUCUGGAGAGCGUGGUCGAUGAAGCUACGCCGCCGAUUUGCACUAGCCGUUUCGUGUUCGGAUGUGAGCUGAACAGCAGUGCCCGCUCCUAUACUUUUAAAGUCUCGGAAGAAGAUGAUUCGGAACAUUUCCUAGUUCUAAAUAUGGCUUGUUUGUCUGAGGGUGCCAAAGAUGAGUGCAACGUUGUGGAGGUGGUGGGUCGUGAUUAUCAGAACAAGGAGGUUGCUGUGCCUGUGGCCAACCUGAAGCUGUCAUGCCAGCCCUGGUUGUGUUUAAAUAAUUUUGAGUUCCAGCCCCCAGUGACCUUCCGUCUGCGCUCAGGAUCUGGCCCUGUUCAUCUUGCAGGACAACAUCAAAUCUUUCACAGAAAGGAUCUCUCAGAUAGUGACUUCAGUGACGAGGAAGAGGAAUCUGUUGACCAGGAGGAAGAGCUUUCUCCUAUCAAGCCAGCCAAGAAGCAACAAAAGUCAUAGUUGAGCUUCCCUGGAGGUACCUCUUCAGGUGUCUGAGAAUGCUCAUCCUGAGUGGAAUAUUAUGCAGUUCUUGUUUUCAUUAACUAAACUUGUUACAUCUUUGUAGGAUACCAUGGGCUGUUCUCCAGUCACAGCAACGGCACUGACAUUUUAAAAUCAAACUGCCUUUUCAAAUAAAGGCUCUGAACAGGAAAUGUUCUACAA